AGCCUUUGCUCGACCAAUCACUCAAUUUAGCGCAGACACUGCGCACUUUCGCGGUUUCCAUCUCUCCCUCCGCCGCACGCACACACACACUCGUGAAACCGCCCGCUGCCGCAGCAUGAACGCGAACUUGGAGGAGGCUGCGAACAUUGCGACCGAAUACCUUUCCAGUCUGGAAAAUUUGCCAAACGAGACGCAGCACAUCCUUGCCGAGAUCAAGCACAGGGACGAAAAGGCGCAAGAGCUGACUGACGAAAUCCGCAAGGAGACCCAGAAGUACUUCCGGCAUUCCUCGAAGAAUGCAGGGCAGGCCCUCCCCAACAAGGACGCGGCGAUUCCAGACACAGUGGACAACCUGUAUGCGGAGGUGGACGCCCUCGCAGCCGAGAAGUCUGCGCUCUCCCAGCGGCUCGUGCGGACGCUGGAACGGGCCAUGGCCCGUCUCAACCAUGAUAUCCAACGGAUACUCAAGCUGCAGGGCGACGAUCCGGGGCCACCGGCGACGCAGCAUUUCCUUAGCACCGCGGACAGCACCGUGCAGCAGAUCAAGGCGAUUUUGCGCACCGCCGCAGCGGCGGAAGAGCCGCCCUCCGCCUCAAUAUCCGCCGCCGCCCCUCCACCACUAAAGAGACGAAAGGUGGCGGCGACGGCCUCGACGCCGGCCGUGAGCAUCAAGCUGCCGAGUCCGGUCCCGGUCAACAACAACACAUACACGGGCAGCAGCGCGCAGAAGUCGAGCCUCUCGCGGCAGGUGAACCACCGGCACUCCCCGAUGCGCUCGCGGCGCACGCACACUACCGCCGGCGGGCCGGACGAGGACGACGCGGAGGGCGACGAGGACAUGGACGAGAACGACGCGGACGGCGCGGACGCGGAGGACCAGGAGCUCUAUUGCUACUGCCAGAAACUCUCUUAUGGCGAGAUGAUUGCGUGCGACAACGACGGGUGCCGGUUCCAAUGGUUCCAUCUCUCAUGCGUGAACCUCAAGCCGCCGCUGCCGGAGAACUGGUACUGCGAGGAGUGCUCGGUGAAGCUGCGAAUCGGCGGGGUGCUGACGGCGGCGCCGGCGGCGACGACGUCGAGCACGACGACCGGUGGCGGGCGGAAGGGGCGCAAGAAACAGUAGGGCUCGGGCUUGGGCUCGGAGGACGGCUGCGGGUCGCGGAGGGACGCGCCGGGCUCGUGAAACGGGAGCACACUGGGACGGGAGGUGAAACAGGACCAGGGGGCUGGCGCCGAGGGGAGGGAUAAGUGGGAGCGUCGAGGCGCUGUCUGUCAUUUAGCUAGGUUUGGGGCUCUGUCGGAUUCGAAGUUCUGAGGGGGGACACAGCCCGCGCACGCACGGAUUGGGCGAGAAGGUGAUGAGGGAGCUGGAUGACGUGGGACGCGCCCGGGAGCGGGCGACCGACGCAGCUCAGCGUAGGUGUACGGUACGGUAGGAGGUGUCUAUGGGUAUCUUUGUCUGGCACGGGUGCAGAAUAGGAAGUGUGAUUGGAGG